UCAUGGCGGGAGAGGGCGGGAGUGUCACGGGGUCUUGCUCUCAGGCCUCGGGCGUGUCGCCGGGCAGUGUCAAAGCGCUGGGGUGGGCUGGCUCUAGGCCCAGCGCACCCUCAAUGGCUGCAGCCUGGCUACCGGGGAGCGCUGCUCGCCCUGCCGGUGUGUGAGGGGCCGUGUGCCCGGGGACCUGGCUCUGGGCGCGCGGAGAGGAUGAGGGGGCGGUGCGGAAAAGGGGCCCGGACGGGGGUGCUGGCGGCUCUGGUGCUGCUGUUGGCUUCCACCCGCUGGGAAGGUGCGAAGGCGCGUCCUGUGGCCUGGGGACACCUCGGCGCUGGCAGCAGCCAGAGGGCGCGCAACGUAGUGAUGGUGAUGUGCGAUGCCUUUGAUGGAAGGUUGACAUUUUAUCCAGGAAAUCAGACCGUGAGCCUACCUUUUAUAAAUUUCAUGAAAAGAUAUGGCACGGUUUUUCUCAAUGCCUACACCAAUUCUCCAAUAUGCUGUCCUUCUCGUGCAGCUAUGUGGAGUGGCCUCUUCACUCAUUUAACAGAAUCUUGGAAUAACUUCAAAGGUUUAGAUCCAAAUUAUACAACAUGGAUGGACCUGAUGCAAAAGCAUGGCUACCGAACUCAGAAAUAUGGGAAACUAGAUUAUACUUCGGGACAUCACUCAGUGAGUUGCUAUCUUUGGAGAACCAUCUGUCAGCAAAGGAGUAACCGUGUGGAAGCUUGGACAAGGGAUGUUGAUUUCCUGCUCAGACAAGAAGGCAGACCCAUGGUGAAUCUUACUGGCAACAAGACAUUUGUGAGAGUAAUGGAAGAAGAUUGGCAGAAUACUGAUAAAGCAGCAAGUUGGAUAAGGAAAGAAGCCACUAACUUUAGUCAACCAUUCGUUCUUUACUUGGGAUUAAAUUUACCACAUCCAUACCCGUCACCCUCUACAGGGGAAAAUUUUGGGUCCUCUACAUUUCUGACAUCUCCCUUUUGGCUUGAAAAGGUGACAUAUGAAGCCAUUAAAAUUCCAAAAUGGCCUCCACUUUCAGACCUGCACCCAAUAGAUUAUUAUUCUUCUUACACCAAGAAUUGCACUGGACAGUUUACAAAGAAAGAAAUCAGAGAUAUCAGAGCAUUUUAUUAUGCUAUGUGUGCAGAGACGGAUGCCAUGCUUGGUGAGAUCAUUUCAGCUCUAAGUGAUACAGGACUUCUUAAAAGAACCAUUGUUAUAUUCACAGCAGAUCAUGGAGAACUUGCUAUGGAACAUCAGCAGUUUUAUAAAAUGAGCAUGUAUGAAGCAAGUUCCCAUGUUCCUCUUCUAGUUAUGGGGCCAAGCAUUAAAGCUCAUCAUCACCUAUCAAAUGUGGUAUCUCUUGUAGAUAUUUAUCCAACUAUGCUUGAUAUAGCUAGAAUUCCUAUCCCACAGAAUCUCAGUGGAUAUUCCUUGAUACCAUUGUUGGCUGAAAUGGCAGAAGAUGAAGUCUCAUCCAGAAGGCUGCACCCCACAUGGGUCCUGAGUGAAUUUCAUGGAUGUAAUGUGAAUUCUUCCACCUAUAUGCUUCGAACUGACAAAUGGAAAUAUAUAGCAUAUUCAGAUGGGCAUUCAGUACCUCCUCAGCUCUUUGAUCUGUCUGCUGAUCCAGAUGAACUGACAAACAUAGCCACAACAUUUCCAGAAGUCUCACAUUCCUUGGACAAAAAGCUUCGCUCCAUAGUAAAUUAUCCAAGAAUCUCUGCCUCUGUGCACAAGUACAACAAGAAGCAAUUUAUCAGCUGGAAACUAAGUUUGGGACAGAAUUAUUCCAAUGUUAUAGCUAAUCUCAGAUGGCAUCAGGACUGGUUAAAAGAACCAAGAAAGUAUAAAGAUGCAAUUCACAGGUGGCUCCAAAUGAACACUAAUGAAUAAAGUAACUGCAACAAGGGAUUAUUGACUGCCCUUAUAGUAACAAUUUCUAUUAAAUGAGCACAAUGACCGCACUCAGGAAAGGAAUAUAUGCAGUUGUAAUUGCAAUACUAUAUAAUUCAUAACAUCACAAUUUGUUUGCUAAUUUAAGAUAGCAAUCCAUGGAAAUAAAGCUCACGCAAGCUUUUAUAUCCGUGUUAGCAAGUUAAAUAUGUUUGUUUUAUAACUGACCACGAUACCAAACCUAGCUCCCAUCAUGUAAAAUUUCAUAUUUUUAGGUGUUAAUCAGCUUUUAAGGAUACAUGGGAAGGAAAGUACACAUAUAUAUGUAUAAAUUGCUUUGUAUAAAAUAUUGUGUAUUAAGAAAAUACAGAAUGUAUUAGCCAAUUAAUAUUUAAGCAACAAAAUUCAAAUGAGAUUUUGCAUGUGUAAGGACUAAUUAAAAACUGAAUAAAGACCUCAGGAUUCAGUCCAGUGGGAUACAGAUUAUAGUGAAAUAUCCUAGCACCCAGAUAGAUUUUAAAAUAAUAAUGAAAAAGAUUCUCCGACCCCACACCCACACCAGAAAGGAUGUAGAGCAUCAAAAAAGGGCAAUAACUAGUUUUGGUCUGAACAAAAAUUCUGAGGCUAUGGUAGGUACCUGAAUAGACAUAUAAGUAGAUGCCUGAAUAGACAACUAACUAACUCACUCUCUCUAAAUAUAUAUAUACAUAUAUGUAUAUAUACACAGGCAUAUAAAAAUUAGAGACCUGUGGUUCUCUUUCCUCUCCUAAUGAGCUUUGAUGGACAGUUUUCAACAUCUGUUUCUGGGGCCUGCUAUCCAGAACUCAACAAUAUGCAAACUUUGCAUAUAAAUCACAGAGCAAUAAAUAGGCAAAUAUAAACACCAAUUUUUCUCUAUAUGUGACAGGAAACUACAAAGCAUGAAGACCAAUGUUUGUGAGUAGACCCAUUCAUUAAUCAUCCAUUGUAUGCUGUGCACUGAAUAAAAUAGAUAUAGUCAGUCAGGAAAUCUUACAGUCUAAGGUACCAAUUCUCCAUGCAAGUGGACACUUACACCUAUAUGUAUCUGAAUGCAGAAUCCAGGACUAAAAGAUAAAAGGAAGGAGAUGUGCUGAAAUGGGAAUCCCAAAGAAAAGCUUAACUUUGAAAAUGUCAAUAUUUUUAAAUCACUUCUAGUACACCUUACAGAAAAUAAUCAGUCUUACAAAGAAAUGGAGCGUAGGUAGGAAAAUUGACUGGCAACUCUAACCUACUCUGUUUUUUUAAUGAAAUACAUAAUUACACAAGCAUUUCAAUGUGCAGCUUAUUCUUUAAGCUAAUGUACAUGCUGCUGCUAUAGUAACUAUUCACGAUCACAUUAUGCUUCAUUUUUAAGAGCUCUCGAAUAGGAAUCCAUAAUAAAUAUUGCAACACUAAAAUUAAACUGGCAAAGAUAAACAUUAAAAUACCAUCUGCUUUCUGAGAUUAAACAUUGUACACCUAUUCAGUAACUGAAUCGAGAGACUGAUUUACUAGAUGUUUUAAGUGUGGUAUUUUAAACUAUAGUGUAUCAUGGUUUUAUUCCCAUAAUACAUUAAAGCAGAUCUUACACAUACCAUUAGUAUUUCCCCCUCAGUUUUUAUUCUGAAUCAAAGGUAUACAUUAAUAGUGCAUCAUGGUUUUAUUCCCAUAAUACAUUAAAGCAGAUCUUACACAUACCAUUAGUAUUUCCCCCUCAGUUUUUAUUCUGAAUCAAAGGUAUACAUUAAUAGUGCAAAUGAAUCUCUGAGCAGUGCAGUGUAAGUUACAAUUCUUGUUAAAAAUUAGUAAAGGUUCAGAUAGCGAUAAAAUCACUGUCAGCAAAACUGAAAAAUAGAAAAGGGAUCAGAUCUGAGGAAUAUAUUGGAAACUGAUUAUAUGACUUGAGAAAAAUAUUCACACAUGAAUGUCUAGGACUGCUCAAGACUUCAAGAGCGAAGAGAAUUACAGUGUUCAAAGAUCUGGAAGAGGGCAGUAUACUGUACAGUACAUUCCAAAAUAAGAAUGAUUACAAGCCUUUAUUCCAGUGGUAUCUCAUUAUGUAUCAUUUAAAGAAAUUACAUAGAAGGGAAAAUUAUGUAGUCUGAAGACUUUGUGGACACAGCAGUACCUUUCAAAGCUGGUGAGCCUGCUUCAAAAUGUAGUUGUGGGUAGGUGUUCUGCUCACAAAGGGGCCAGUCUGUGGCACAUCGUGUGCUACAUGAGGGAAUAUGGCAACCUGUUUACUCCCUUGCACCAGCUUCCUGGAUCAUAGGUAGCAGCACAGAGGAGCCUUUGCAGGGCUGCCUCAUCUCCAUGUCAUUGAGCAGGACUGGGCACAACAGGAGAGGGACAAUAGGAUGGGGUAGGGACUACCAAUCUUCAGUGUGCAGGCUACCAUAGGCCUAAUACUAGGUACUUCCUCUGUGGAUGAAGGGGAAACUAGGAGGCAGACUGUGACAGAGUCAUCAUGUGUCUGUUGGGUUAUUCCUGGGACAGCAUAAUCAUGCACUGCCCCUUGACUGUGGCAAACCCACAAAUGAGUCCAAAAAAAUUACUAAAGUUGAGCAACUUGCCCUCUCUUGCCAUCCUAGUGCCCAACAUCCUGAUUUUCUUGUUUAUUUAUUUAAGAAUCAAGGGCCAAGCAGUUUUAAGAAGGAACAAACACUUCGGGGGGAGGGGGGGGGAAUAGUGUUAAAGGAGUAAGGACAGAAAUUAGUAUAAAAAGGAAGGAAGAUCAAAGGGGACAGAUAAAUAAAUGAAUACCUUAAUCUUACAACAAUAAUCAGACCCUCCCUGAAAUAAUCAUAUUCCCUCUAGUAACUAAUUAUAAUCAAUAUCCCUCAAAAAUAAUAUAAAGGGCAAUGGGGGUACACGCCCAGUGUCUACCUACCAGUCUCAGGCAGAUGGAAUGUACAGACUGCCCUAUGCAUUGGAGCACUUUUGGAAUGACCAAAGGAAGGUGAACUUGAAGUUACAGGGAAGUUGCAGGCCUGACCUUUGUUAGGAGCACUGUGGUGCUGACAUACCCUUUCUGCUCCAUGUAAGCCUUUGCUUGGCUCUGUAUACACAGACCAGCUCUUAACUCACCUCAGGAGCCUUUAUUAACUAGCUUUGAGAAGUGCACACAUUACUCACAAUUGUGGCAUCCCAUUGUGAGGCAGGCAGAUCACUUACUGGGUUGAGCAAGUCCUUGUAUUGAUCAAUUCUUAGUCUUUCCUCAGCUCCCAGUACAAGGGAGGCUAGAGUCUCCUCUCCCUCUGAACAGGGAGCUUUGGUUGUGUCUCUACCCAAGGCUUUAAGUUGAUUUCAGGAACAGGUAGUUAAGGGGGGACACUCCCUAAGAAGCUGGAGGCUUUUGGUCAACUAGUUCAUUUGGAGAAGAGGCAAAUGGAGUUCUCCUUCCAACUCUGUAGAGAGCAACGGAGGGGCUGAUUCUCCUGUUGCUGGAAGCUGACCCCUUGGCCCCAACUCUCUUGCUUUAAAAAUUCUGCCUCUCUGGUCAGUACAGACUUUUCAGGGCCUGCAUUUGCUUAUCCUGGCAUGUCCAUCUGUCCUUUGGCCCAGUAACGUCUCUUCAUUCAAGCCUCUCAAGGGUAAGACAGCAAUCCAAAAAGUGAGUCAAAAGAAAUUAUAUGCAGCAGAGCUACAAUUUUGUGUUUUUCUCUAUGAAAAAAAAAAAAAGUUACACACACAAAAAAUGAACACCACCAAUCAUUGUCUUAAUGUCUUGUAAUCUCUACAUUUGUAUGUUAUCAACCAAGUACUAUGUAAAAAAUACCAAAACACUUCUUAUCAUUUGUAUGGUGUCUUCCUUCACCACAUACUUAUUCUAAAACUAAGGUUGCAUAUCUAGGAAGGGGGAGGGUUAGCUCAGUGGUUUGAGCAUUGGCCUGCUAAACCUACGGUUGUAAACUCAAUCCCUGAGGGGGCCAUUUAGGGAUCUGGGGCAAAAAUCUGUCUGGGGAUUAGUCCUGCUUUGAGCAGGGGGUUGGACUAGAUGACUUCAUGAGGUCCCUUCUAACCCUGAUAUUCCAUGAUGUUUCUCUUGUAACUUUUUAAGAAAUCAAAGUAUUUGUUAAAACAAAACACAAAAGCAAAUAUGUUGGCUUCCAUAAAUAAAUUAUUUAAUCUC